GAUCCACCAUGCCUCUUUUUGGUGCCAUCAUCAUCAUUGUAAUCUAACCAAUACUAUAAUAAUGCUUUGCUUUGUUUUGCUACCCCUCCUCCUCCUCCUCCUCCUCUCAUAGCCUCUCUCCAUCAAAUGAUCAAUCACUUAACAGCUGCCUCCCACUGCCCGUACAUCUUGUUUCUCUCCUUUGUGGGAAUUCACUGUGUCUAGAUGCUACUAACACAUUUUUAAGGAGCAUCAUUCAUCAUUGUUUUUGUGUUCAAUGUGGAUAAGUGCUUUAACUAACCAGCUGUGAAGGUUUGUCGGUUGUGUAGUAGUAGUUUACAACUUUACAUACAUAAGUGAUAAGUCCUUCACUGAAAGAAAGCACUGCAUUAAGGCCAAGUCACCACUCUCCUCUUCCAUUGGUGGAUCUUUUUUUUUCUCUCUUUUAAUAGGGAAACCAUUGGUGUGUGUUUCAGCUUUGCUGAUCCUUCUGUUGUUUCUGCCAAUCUCUGUUAGUAUUUAGACCCUUUUGAUAUACGAAGCCUUCAAUUACAAUGCUUUACUUCCUCAUAUCUUUCGUCUCCUUUCUCAUCCUUUCCAAGUCUUUCACCAGCAGGCCUUUCUCAUCAGGGGAGAGAGGGAUCAAACCAGGGUCAAUUGGGUUUUGGGGGAGUCUUUCAAGUUGGUUAGUUUCUAGGCUCAAGAAAGGAAGCACAACAGGCACCACCCCUUUUAGUUUUUUUCAGUUUUCUCUUGGCAUGUCAUUGAAAAAGAAUAGUUUAGUGUCUAAGGUGGAGAGUGAGGAGGAGGAGGGGAAUGUUUCUCUCUUGGAUUUGCCUGAUUUGCCAUUGGAAUGCAUCCUUGAGCACCUUUCACCAGCUGAAUUAUGCAGGGUGGCAACAGUGUGCACAUCUCUGAGGGAUAGAUGUAGGAGUGAUCAUUUAUGGAAGAAACACAUGGAGAGGAAAUGGGGUAAGGUGUUUGGUGAUGCUGCUUAUAGGCAAUGGAAAUGGCAUGUAGCUUCCAAGAACAGAGAAAAAAUCUCCUCCAACCCGCACAAUCAGAAAGGAAUAUUUGCUUUCCUUCGUGGUGGUUUUCUCCCCUUCAUAUGGAUCAAAGCAAAAUCAGAAAAGGGCACAGAGUCAAGUAGCUCAUUACCAGAAGAUUCAAUAGCAGCUUUAUAUCUUUCUCUUGAAAGUGGCAAAUUUUGGUUCCCUGCUCAAGUCUAUAACCGUGAGAAUGGUCAUGCUGGGUUCAUGCUCUCAUGUUAUGAUGCCCAACUAUGCUAUGAUUCUCGAUCCGACACUUUUCUGGCAAGGUACUCGCCUCAUGGGAGAUGGACAACUGAGGAAAACAUACAAUGGGACCGGCUAAGAGUGCCACCAAUUGCUACUUCUCCACAUGCUCUUCACAUCUCUGACUGUUUGGAUGACUUGAGACCUGGAGAUCACAUUGAGAUUCAGUGGAGAAGAAACAAAGAAUUUCCUUAUGGUUGGUGGUAUGGUGUCAUUGGUCAUUUGGAACAAUGUCAAGGACAUGGGAACCAUUGCCAUUGUCACUAUAAUGAUAUAGUGAUUUUGGAGUUCACACAGUACACUGCUGGGUCCAGAUGGAGACAAACCGUGAUAAACAGAAAGCAUCAUAUAGAAAAAGGCAAUGAAAUAGAUGGUUUUUAUGGAGGAAUCAGGAAGCUGCAUAGCAAGGAAGAAAUUGCAAGGUGGAAGAACCUCUGGCCAACUAAAAUUGUGAUACAUGAUUGACUUGAUUAGAAUUUUUGUAAAUUAAGCAGUCACCCUUCCUAAAAUGUGAAGGAUUACUUUUGUCACAGAACGAUGUCAUUCCUAACAAUAGGUAUAAACUUGGAAAGAGUUUAUGGAAGAAUUUUCAGAGGCUGUAACAUCUGUAGCACGACAUAACAAAUAGUGGAUAUGUUGCAGCUUUCUUAUACGUGUCUAUAUAUAAUUUUAUAGAAGAACAUUGGUGCAUAGUGCAUACUCCUGUUUAGCUGAAGCAGAGAGAAGGUUCAUUAGCUCCUUGAUUGUGAUUAGUUUUCAAGUUGGCAAAAUUGUGUAGCGGUUUGGCUCUUACUCGGAGAACAAAAUUAAUUAAGCGAGAUAAUUAGAGAUGGCAAAAAUAUCCAUAUUUGUGGAUAAUCAUGA